AUGUCUUCAAUGGGAUCUGACUAUGAUGCCGAGUCAGUUCCCGAGGUGGCGAAUAACUGUCCAAUUGAAGAAGACGACGAAUUUACAAAACCGACAGAAUUUACGGAUCUGACUUUAGUUGUGGAAGGGAAGCAACUGCACACUGCUAGAUAUUUACUAAUUACAGCUUCCCCAGUGUUUAAAGUUAUGCUGACAACGACACAUUUUAAGGAAAAAAAUGCUGACAAAAUUGAUUUGCCUUGUGAAACAUUUAGAGAUGUCCAAUUAUUACUGAAAUAUAUUAGUCCUGAUGCUGGAGUUUUGACAGCUGAUGCUUCUGAGAGAUUAUUACCUAUAGCUGAUAAAUAUCAAAUAGAAGGGUUAAAGAGCCGGUGUAUUAAUUGUUUAUGUUUAGAUUUAAAGGAAAACCCUGAUGGUAGAUUGAUAUCGUUGCUAUCUUUAACUGAACAGCUGGGUUUGGAUGUGUUAAAGGAACAAUGUAUUGAACUGUUAUUAGAUACUCAUAUUGAUGAGCUAACUGAUUAUAUCCAUUAUGAUGCUCCUCAAAAAUCUACCGUAUCAUGGCACAGUGUUUGGAGAAUCUUAAGACGCCAUCUUGAAAAACUUUCCACUUUGACAAGCAUGGUUAAUUCCAUGAAGGCUUUGGCAUCGAAACAUGCCUACCAUUGCCGAUGUGCUACAUCUAACAAAAGAUAUUGCUGUAAACCAAAAUGUUCUGCUACCACCCACCAACAUGAUUUUGUUCCAUGUAAUUGGAAUGAAGAAUGUCUCAAUAACUUUGCUCGUGAUCUGUUAACAAAGGGUGAAAUCAAGAAUAUACUGAAGAAAUGA